UAUUGGAAUAUUGUGUUUACUGUAACUUAUAAUAUUUAAACUGGACAUAUUUACAAUUUUAACAUCCUUAUAUUUUGUUUUACAGUUAACUUUUAAAUUCAUAAAACGAUGGUUAACGACGCGUGUGCUCGUAUCAAAAUUUGUAUCUUGUACAUGUUGAUUAAUGUGUGUAAACCUGCCAUUGGUCAAACUUGUCCAACCUUUUGCUCUUCUUGCGACCAAACCCAAGGACCAAAUCGGUGCACAUCCUGUAAGACAGGAUACUACUUAUCGAAUGAAGUCUGCAAAUCUUGUACGUACAUAGGUACAAACUGUGUUACGUGCAGCAAUGACACACAUUGUGACGAAUGCAUGCCAGGGUUUUGGGACAAAAAAUGCGCAACAAUUUGUUCGGGCGGUUGUAACACAGCAACGUGUAGUGUGUUGGAUGGGUCUUGUUCCUGUGAACAAGGUUUCUAUGGAUCGACAUGUCAAGUACCGUGCUCUCAAAACUGUCUCACAAGCACUUGUGGAUCUAACGGUGAAUGUGGUUGCAAAGCGGGGUUUUACGGUAGCUCAUGCAAUGGAAUAUGUUUUGAAACCUGUGAAGAUUGUACCAAUGCUACGACAUGCUCCCUUUGUACGCCUGGAAGGUAUGGAACCCUUUGUGGUUACUCAUGUCAGUGUAGCAGAAGAUGCGACAUAGUGACUGGUGUAUGUAUGAAUGAAAUAUGUCCAAACAAUUGCUUAGUAUGCGUUGACAGUGAAAACUGCAAUGAGUGUGUUAAUGGUUGGUAUGGUAAAAAAUGUAACUAUACGUGUUCCAACAACUGUUAUGGGAGAUGUGAGCAAUAUUCCGGAAAUUGCAUUGCGUGCUAUCGAGGCUUCUUUGGACCACAAUGUGUCGAUGAAUGCCAAUAUUGUCGUGACAGUAACUGCAACCAAGCGGGGGAGUGUGCUUCAUGUUAUGAGGGAAAAUUUGGAAUAUUUUGUAAUAAAACAUGUUCAAAUUACUGUGUUGAUAAUACUUGCGAGCAGAUGGACGGAUUUUGUCAACAUGACGUCCAAUGUCCUAAGAAUUGUGUUACCUGUAUAGACAAUGUUACAUGCACUGAAUGUAAGAACUCUUAUUACGGCUUGUUAUGUACGUUUGAAUGUAGCAGUACGUGCAAAGGUGAAAAUUGUGAAUUAGAAUCUGGUCGUUGUGAAAACUGCGAAUCAACAUAUUAUGGCAACUUUUGUGAAAAAACUUGCUCUGAAAGCUGUGUACAUUCCGUAACAGUAUCAGUAUGCGACUCAAAAGGAAAGUGCAACAACGGAUGUAUUGAUGGGUUCAUUGGCGAUACGUGUACUACAGAAGCCGGUAAACAAUCACCUGUUGGACCGGAAGAAGGAACUGGCCCUGGUUCGAUGAUCGUUGGAGCAGUUUUUGGAAGACGCAGAAGGAAACAUAUGAAGACAUUUCGCCAGAACAGAACCAGGAUAAAGCGUACACAACGUUGGAAGAGACAAACACGGCGUCGUAUGAGAUUCCCGAUUCUGAACCAAGGGCAGGCACGCGUAACGAAGGCACAGACGAUGGCGUCUACUACAAUGACGAAAAGGCAUACUACAAGAAUGUAGGGGGACGUGUGCAAAGAACAUGACUAACGCUUAUCGAUGACUAGUUCUACAAUUUCGACGAUGUUUACUACGACAUUAAUAGUAACGUUCAGAAGUUAUGACCAUGACCAGUUUUACAAUUAUUUUAUAUCGACGAUGUAUACAACAGAAACAUUAGCAGAAAACAUGACCAUUGGCACAUACAUGGUGUGGAUAUUACAUGCAUUGUUUGGUUUUGAACAAUAUGCCUCUUAACUAAGACUGGGUUGUAAGAUCAUAAAGCCAUGUAUCAUACUCAUCUAACUUUGGCGUUAUAAUCCGUUGUAUAUCUUGAAAUAUAUUGUCGUGAACGAAGGAACUUACGUUUUUAUUUUGGGUACUUUGACUUGACAGGCAGGCGGAGCAUUUGUAUUAUA